CGCGGGCCGGUUGACAUAAAAGCCCGAGGACGUAUUUCGAUUUGGCCAUCAAGGUAUGUCUGCCGGUCCAGUUCAUUCAAACUCUCGGCGUGCAUCUUGACCAACUUUCUACGAUGGGGCUGCAGUACCUGAAGACGACGACGGCGGCGGUCGCGAUCCUUGCCGCGGCUUGCGGCUCUAUGCCGGGAGUGCAAGCUGCAGAUGUGGCCAGCCUAUGGGGCCAGUGUGGUGGGAUCGGCUACACAGGACCGACACAGUGCGUCUCUGGUGCUGUGUGCACGCACUACAACGACUGGUACUACCAGUGUAUCCCAGGGGCCACCACCAGCGCGGUUACCACUUCCAGCACUUCGCCUGUCAAGUUGACCACCACAUCCACGCCAACGACGCUCUCCACAUCCACAAGCACAACAAGCUCGGGCAGCGGUCCCACCAGCAGCUCCGCCCCAGCCGCAGUAAAGUACCUCAUCACCUUUGGCGACUCGUACUCGCAGACGGGCUUUGACAUCAACUCGACCAAGCCCGCGCCCGGCAACCCGCUCGGGAACCCGCCUCUGCCUGGCUGGACGGCCAGCGGUGGGCUCAACUGGGUCGGCUUCCUCACGUCUGUGUUCAACACGACCACGGUGCUGACCUACAACUUUGCCUACGGCGGCGCCACCACCAACGCCACCCUCGUCGCGCCCUAUGAGCCCACGGUGCUGAGUCUGAUCGACCAGGUGGCAGAGUUUAGCGGCAGCAUCGCGUCGAAGCCCUCCUACGCGCCGUGGACGGCCCAGAAUUCGCUGUUUGGUGUGUGGAUUGGCGUGAAUGACGUGGGCAACUCGUGGUGGCUGUCGAACUACACCCAGAUCGUCGACCAGAUCAUGGACAGCUAUUUUGGACGACUGCAAGUCCUGUACGACGCUGGAGCGAGGAACUUUGUAUUGCUCAGCGUGCCCCCCAUCAACCGGACACCCCUGAUGCUUGCGGAGUCAACAGACUCCCAGCAGGCAGAGGCAACCGCCAUUGCGGCAUACAACGCUGCCCUCACCACCAGGCUGGCUGCCUUUACGAGCAAGAACAGCGGUGUCACCGGCAAGAUCGUCGACACGAGCGUGCCCUUCAACACGGCGCUUGACAACCCGACAGCCUAUGGGGCUCCUGACAACACCUGCUACAACAGUGAUGGCACGUCGUGCCUGUGGUUCAACAACUACCACCCGGGAAUUGCGAUCAACAAGUUGGUGGCGCAGGCAGUGGCCGAUGCCUGGAAGGGCACCUUCUUCUGAACGGACGGGGGGUAGAUCGGGGCAGUUGUCACUAAGGGGUGAUCAUUCGGGAGCCUUCCGCAGCUGGAUUGUGCGAGACACCCCUUUGUUCAGCUUCUGCAGCGGCAUUGUAUGCUAUCGUUCAUCUCCAAGUAAAUAGUUGCUACCGGCAGCCGCGCUGUUCAACAGGCCCAAGGCGUUCAUAGCACCAACCAAUGAACAAAGGAACACUUGGUGAGCAGUCGACCACUACUUAAGCAACUUACACUUCUUCGUCUUGUGGCUCUGAG